AGCGAUUCUAUUAAAGCUCAAGAUUAAAAAAUGGUAUUAGCCGAUUUGGGAUCAAGAUUGCGCGAUGCGCUUGGCUCCGUAGAAUCCGCAUCUGAGACUGAGAUCCAGUCUAUGAUCAAGGAUCUUUGCUCUGCAUUGCUAGAAAGCGAUGUAAAUGUUCGAUUGGUGGCGAAGUUGCGUGAUAAUAUCAGGGCUAAAAUUGCCACGGAAUUUAAGAGCGAAGCUGAAUCUGCUUCAAACAAGCGAAAGAAGUUACAGAAGAUUGUUUUUGACGAAUUAUGCGGUCUAGUCGAUUCUCACGAGGAACCGCCUAAGCCUAAAAAGUUGAGUCAACCUCAUAAAUCUGUCGGCAAAGGCGGAAGAAGAACAAAAAAGAGUGAUGCAAAUUCUCACAUCAUAAUGUUUGUUGGAUUACAAGGCGCUGGAAAGACAACUUCAUGCACAAAGUUGGCAGUAUACUACAAAAAAAGAGGAUUUAAGGUGGGACUAGUGUGCGCGGACACUUUCAGAGCCGGUGCGUUUGAUCAAUUAAAACAAAAUGCAAUUAAAUCGUCCAUUCCAUUCUAUGGAUCAUACUUGGAGACUGAUCCCGUCAAAGUUGCGUUUGAUGGUGUGAAAAAGUUUCGCGAGGAAAAGUUUGAUAUUAUCGUGGUUGACACGUCUGGACGUCACAAGCAAGAGCAAUCUUUGUUCAAUGAAAUGGUUCAGAUCAGUGAAGCUGUGAAACCUACUCAAACCAUUAUGGUAAUGGAUGCAUCUAUUGGUCAAGCAGCUGAAGGCCAGGCUAAAGCUUUCAAGGAAAGUUCGAAUUUUGGUUCCAUCAUAUUAACAAAAAUGGAUGGACACGCUAAAGGUGGUGGUGCUAUAUCAGCAGUUGCAACAACAAAAACCCCAAUAGUUUUCAUUGGUACAGGUGAGCAUGUUGGAGAUUUUGAGGUAUUCAAACCAUCAACAUUCAUAUCAAAAUUGUUGGGAAUCGGUGAUAUACAGUCGUUGAUUGAACAUGUUCUGCUGUUAAAUCUUCAAGAUGACGAAAUGCACCAGAAAACUAUUGAGAAUUUCAAAGAGGGAAAAUUCACGUUGAGAGAUUUUCAGACUCAAAUGAACAACUUUUUGAAAAUGGGACCAUUGACAAACAUCGCCUCCAUGAUACCAGGAAUGUCUAACAUUAUGAACCAAGUUGGCGAGGAAGAAACGAGCAAGAAAAUUAAGAACAUGAUCUUUAUUAUGGAUUCUAUGACUGCCAAGGAAUUGGACAGUGACGGAAGGGUGUUCACCAAUGAACCAGAGAGAAUUUUAAGGGUUGCGAGGGGCUCUGGGUGCGCUGCAGUUGAAGUAGAAAUGGUAUUACAGCAGCAAAGAAUGAUGGCAUCUAUGGCAGGAGCUGCUAAAAAUAUGGGCUCUUCCGGGCAGUCUGCGGGACUUGGGGGUGGGGGUGGUACUGCUAAUAUGCAACGGAUGAUGCAACAGGCCCAAUCAAACCCAAACUUCAUGCAGCAAGCAAUGAGUAUGUUUGGAGGCGGAGGCGGAGCUGGAAAUGAUGUGCAAUCCAUGAUGGGUAAUCCACAAAUGAUGCAGCAAGCGCAACAGAUGAUGAGGCAAAAUCCUAACUUGAUGCAGCAGGCCCAACAAAUGAUGCAAAACCCCGGAAUGAUGCAAAAGAUGAUGCAACAAUUUGGCGGAAUGGGAGGGAUCUAAAACAAGUAUGUAUUCAGUUCAUUAGCCUAGAUUUGGAUAUCGAUUUUAUUCGCUUCUUAUCAUUACUUCAUAUCCUGUUAUCUAAUUGAAAGGAAGCAAUAAGAUU